UUUCUUUACAUAGAUUUAUCUCCCUUCAACGAAAGCUGCACGAUUUUCACGUGGGCUGAAGAAAUAUACAAGGAGUACAUUUACCACGAAAAUGUCUUCACUGUAUAUACUAACUCUCCUGGUUAUGUCUUUUUUGAUUCUUUCAAACGGGAAAGAUCUACGCUCAAGACCCGUAACGACACACGAAAGUAGAAAUCCACACCAUUCCUCGGUCAAAAUAGCAAACAUACAUCAUGCAAGGACACCUAACAAGCGAAUUUGGACACCAAAAUUUCAUCCGAACAUCUUAAACAGUAGAAUUGUACACAGGACGACUGCUGUACCAUUUGAAACACAAAGGAUUCUGGCGGAAAAAUGGUUUAAACAGGAUGCUGGUGCUAGAAUGUCUUUCGGAGAAAAAAUUUCCAAGGGUUAAAAAGAUCAUCACAAGGUGGACAGUUCAAUACCAACCGUGAACAAGAAACCAACGUACACAAAUUUGAAUGUCAGACAAUACU